CCUGCUCUACACAGGUUCAGUGAAGGAGAGAGGAGCGCUGCAGCUGCUGUCCUCCCUCACACAGGAUCAGCAGAGGAAGGGUGUGAUGGUGGCCACUGACUCCAGCUUCUCGAGGGCCGUGGUGUUUCACGCGGUGGAGCUGAGGAUCCCGGUGUUCAUCAUCACGCCGGUGUGCAGCUCUCCUCCUCGUCUGCGCACGUACAGAGACUACGGUGCGGUGGUUAUUUCCUACGGCAGCACGGCACGAGACUCCAUCAACCACGCCAGACACCUGGCCCGAGAGAACGGAUACCUGUGUCUGGAGGAGGACGACAGCGCUGUGUAUCUGGCAGGUCUGGGAUCAGUGGGUCUGGAGAUCUACGAGCAGGUGCUGCAGCUGGACGCGGUCAUCGUUCCUGCGAGCGGUCACUGUGGGCUCCUGGUGGGGACCGCAGCUGCCAUCAAACACCUGGACCCUCGCAUCUCUGUCAUAGUGAGUCUGGUCUGAUGGAAACGGCUCCGGGUUCAAGUGGCUUCACGCUGCUAAAGACCUCUCCUGCAACCCCAACGAGAAACUCUACAGAGAUCUGCUGGAUCACGCUCUGGACACACACUGCCUCCAGCUGGCCAAGAAAACCGUGGACAAACUCAUCUCUGUCAGGUUUCUUAAAGACCAACGGCUCCAUUCAGUCUAGGAUCUACAUGAAAACUGCUCUGCGGGUGGCUGUGGUGGUCAGCAGUGCGAACAUGGAGCUGGAGCUGCUUCUGCAGUGUGUGGACCACAGGGUCAGUCGCUUCAGCGUGCAUCUGGACGACUGGCCCGGAGACAUGGCCAAACUCCUGGACCUGCUGACCCGAGAGGACGUCAGGUCAGAGAACGAGGAGGACCUCCUACAGUCAUGCAUCGUGCAGACGCUUUUAUCCCAAAGACUUGUGUUGUAUUGGAGUCGAGCUGUGCAUGUUAUCAGAGCAUUCUCUGGGAAUCGAACCGUGACUUCUACGGUUUGAGCUCCUGCAUGUAAACCCUGAAUGAGUGUUAGUCGAUUUGAAUAAAACAUCUGCCCAAUGCAUCGGUGUAAACAUAAGCUACAGGUCACAUCAGC